AUGAAAGAUUUAUUCCAGCGUCUGGGCGGGGAAACGGAGGAGAAUAUUGAGAUUCUCGUCGAAAAUGUAAACAACUACAAUUAUUGCUCAAAUAAAAUCAUGGCCGCGAAAAGAUGGGCGAAGAAUCGAGCAAACAACUCCGACGAGGGCUACGACAUCAUCCUCUUCGUCGAAGCCAUGUGUAUCUCAAACGCCUACACGAUGGGCCAGGUCUAUGAUGCACUGGCGGAAAAUGGUCCUCUUGAUCUCGAAACUCUUGCAGAGUUGAAACGCAACUAUACCGAAGACUACGCAUCUGUCUACGGAAGCGAUGCGAUGAGGGCUUUUACCUGGUUCACGAUUCGCUAUAUGCAAUUGCUCGAUUAUGAGGAAAAUGCGCUGGCCAAGAUGAAGGCGGCAUUAAAGAUAGUACAACAGCGCUACUCCCCAUUCUCGCUGGCCGAGCUCGAGCUCCUCAGGGCGUAUAGGAUAUUGAUGUGGGACAAGCUGAACGAUUACGUCCCUCCUUCUGCUGGUGAGGAAGAAAUCUUCAUCUUCAACCAGACGAUGGAAUACAUCAACGACUUCUGGCAGGAGGGAGACCGGUUUCUAGCCUCGCUACGCACUACGCCAAAUCCU